AUCUAGGUAUGUCUUCAAGUCCAUAUCUCCUACCAAACUAACACCAUGAAGAACACUAUGCGUUUCAUCAGCAUCCUCCCCUCCAUCCUGUUGAGCGCCGCUGUAGCCGCCGCGCAAGGCCCCGCCGAGCCCAAUUGCGCUGGUUUCCCCUGUGGUGCUGGUGGUGAUGAAUACUGUAUGAACUGGUGCAAGGAGGACCAGCACCGCCCUAAUGGCGGCAUAUGUGUGACAUUCGAUAUGGAUGCGAAUACCUGCGACCAAUGUUACUGCAGCAUAGACUAGUGUAUCAAUAAGUUGAUUGAUGAAGGUAUGGCCUAGUGUGAGGCCCUAGAAAAUAUGGGUUGGGGUGG